CUCUUCCAUCUCUUGCCUUUCUCUAUUAAUAACACUUAUAUCCAAUUGCACCGGAGAAAAGAAAAAGUUCGAGGAAUUAGUUUCCAAGAUUUAUUAGCUGAAUAUCUUUUUCUCCCUUUUUUCUUGCUUCUGUUCAAGUUCUUACUUCUUCGAGUGGCAAUGGAAGUAGAGGACGAUUUGUUUUUCGCAGACUUAAGCAAGCAAAUAUCUCUUCUCAUCAUGGAUGAUAAUGAGGACCCUGUUGCAAGAUGCCCUUCAGUUUCUUUCCAGGCUUUCCCUAGAGAAAACUAUCCAACAGCAUCUUCCCCAUUUUUCUUUGAGCAAAAUUGUAGAAGAGAAAGCAAAGGAACUGGAGUCUUUAUCCCUCAGUCGACGCAACCAAGAAGAAAGCACAGGCAGGGAAGAUUCAGUUCAUUCAACUCAAAAUCCCACAGGCAUCAUUAUAAAGCAAGAACAGUUUCUCAAGAAUCAUCUUACAACCAUUCUUUUAGCUCCAAAAAAGGCUAAGAUGGAUUGAUUAUGGAUACAUCUCCAUCAAGUGUAAAAUUCAGUAAUCACUACUAAUCUCUUCAACAAAGUGCUGAGGCAAGGGUUUCUGGUUUUAUUAUUAAUACAUAUAAUUAUAUGUACAUUAAAUUAAGCGUUCUUUAGUUGGUGUUGGGGAGGUACACUAAGGUUUUGUGUCUCUCCAGUGAUGAAAAUUAAUGUAUGUUUGUUGUUGUUGUUGUUGUUGUUGAGUAUUAUAUAGGAUAAGCUUGUCAUGUUCAAUUAAUGCAAUUAAUUAUUUGAUUUAAUAUUGAUUUUACUUAA